AGAAGUUAGACGUAUGUGAAAAACACGUGCGGAAUAAAUAAUCGGAUGAAAGCUUUGACGCAAAAAAUAAAAAUCGAUUAAACGUUGUUCGAAUAUAAUUAAGCAAAUAUAAGUAAAAUAUCAUUAAAAAAAAAAAAUAAUCUUUUAUAUAUGAUUCAAGGAAGAAAGUACUUUUUUUUGGAUAUUUUUUGAUUUCAAUUAUUUAUUGAUGAAAAUAAAUGUGUAUCGAAAUUAAAAAUUAAACUAAGAAAAUAAUGUUAUUUUAAAAUAUUUUCUUCACGCUAUCACGAGAGUAAAAUUAAAUAAAAAAAAAUUUUCACUGAUUUCCAAAAUGAUUCUUCAUUUAUUUACAAUUUUAUGUGAAUUUUAUUCAUACUCAUUUUCUUCAUAGAAAUAAAAAUUCCUAAACAUUCUCUUAAUGAAGAAAAGGACAAAUAACUAUUGGAUCACAAAAAACCAAAAUACUAAAUUAAUAAUUAUGUGAAAAUUUUUUUAAUGAUUGAAAAUUUUGUGAAUAUUAUAAUAAAGUGGAAUAAUAAACUCCAAGAAUCGAGUGAAAAAGAUUGAUGCAUUGAAAUAAAAGAGAACGUUUGCAAACCUCAAAGGAAGAUGGAUAAGAUAUAAAUUAAAGGAAGUGGAAAAAAAUAACAUUAAUGCGCAUUUGAACGUACAAGAACAAUAAUUAAAUUCUAAAUUGAAUAAUUUAAACAAUUUUCUGAAAAAAGAUAUUUUUCAUCACUUUUUUUUUUGUUCCUGUUAUGGAAACUGAAAUAAAUUCAACUGAAUUAUCAUCAAUAAGUGUUAUUAAUCAUACACUUAGCACAUUAAAUGAUAGUUACACUAGUUCACAAUUAAAUAUUCCUUAUACAAUUUGUGAAAUUUUAGUGGCAAUUUGUGCAAUAUUUGGUAAUGGAUUGGUGAUAUUAAUAUUUAGCAGAGAACGAAAAUUACGAAGAAGAACAAAUUACUAUAUAAUAUCAUUAGCUGUGGCUGAUUUAUUAGUGGGACUUUUUGCAAUACCAUUUGCAAUAUUAGCGAGUAUUGGACUACCAACUAAUUUACAUGGUUGUCUAUUGACUGUAUCUGUUUUAAUAGUGUUGUGUACAAUUAGUAUAUUUUGUCUAGUUGCAGUUUCAAUUGAUCGAUAUUGGGCUAUUCUUCAUCCAAUGUUAUAUUCAAGAACAGUGACAACAAAAACAGCUAUUGGUAUAAUAUGUGUUUGCUGGAUAGCUGGAAGUUUAGUUGGAUUCUUGCCACUUAUGGGAUGGAAUGCAGGAAAGAAAAAUGAUGACAAGUGCAUUUUCACCGAAGUUAUGGACUAUGAUUAUUUGGUCUUUCUAUAUUUAACGACAAUUAUAUUUCCAGCAAUUCUAAUUGGUGCUUCUUAUGCCCAUAUAUAUCGAGUUGUAAUAAAACAAUUACAACAAAAUGUUACAAUAAAUCCAAUUGGAUCAAAACAAGGACAAACUGGAACAAUGCUUCGACUUUUAGGUGCUGCACAAAAACGAGAAGUUAAAGCAACACAAAAUUUAGCAAGAAUUGUAAUAUUUUUCAUUAUUUGCUGGUUUCCUUUGUAUACAAUUAAUUGUAUUAUGGCAUUUUGUCCUCAUUGCUAUGUAAAUGAAAUAUUUCUCAAUUUUUCCAUUAUUCUUUCACAUUUAAAUUCUGUGGGGAAUCCUCUUCUUUAUGCAUAUCAUUUAAAAGAUUUCAGACUUGCGGUUAAACAUUUUUUAUGCAGAUAA